AGUGCGCUGCCGUGGGAGCCAUGGCGGCGGCACCGGCUUCGGCGGCGGCCUCGGCACUUGCCCGCGGCGGUGGCCCGGUGGCGCGGCUGCGCCUGCUGUGUCAGCGCUACCAGGAAUACGUGAGGCGGCACCCGGCUGCUACGGCCCAGCUGGAGGGCACCGUGCGCGGCCUCUCCUAUCUGCUGCCAGGUCGCUUCUCGGACUCCCACACGCUCUCGGAGCUGGUGUACUCUGCCUCCAACCUCCUAGUACUAUUAAAUGACUGGAUCCUACGAAAGGAGCUGCAGCAGAGCCUGCCUGUGUCGCUGCCCCAGCAGAAGCUGUUGACCUGGCUGAGUGUGCUAGAAUGCGUGGAGGUCUUUGCCGAGAUGGGGACAGCCAGGGUGUGGGGGGAGAUAGGCCGGUGGACCAUCAUUGUGCUCAUCCAGCUGGCUAAAGCCAUCCUUCGGCUCCUGCUCCUGCUCUGGUACAAAACUGGCAUCCAGACAUCGCCUCCCAUCGUGCCCCUGAAGAGGGAGCAGCAGCAGCCUCUCCACCCCCAAGCAGACGUGGAAGGCAGCUCCUCAGGGAAGGAUCAGACCUACGUUGGGAAGCGUUCCAGCCGCGUGGUGCGCUCUCUCCAGAGCACCCCAUCCCUGCAUUCCCGGCACUGGGGGUCGCCGCAGCAGAGGGAGGAGUCACACAGCCGAAGAGCAGAGGAGAUGAACCAGCUUCCCACCCCUCUGGGUCUCCAAGAAACCAUCGCAGAAUCCCUCUACAUCACCCGCCCUCUGCUCCACCUAUUGAGUUUAGGAGUGUGGGGCCAGAGAUCCUGGAAACCCUGGCUCCUCUCAGCAGUCCUGGACAUCUCGAGCCUGAGCUUGCUGAGCGACCUGAAGGACCUGAACCGGCGCGAGCGGGCGGAGCUGAGGCGAAGAACCAUCCUCCUGCUGUACUACCUGCUGAGAUCUCCUUUCUAUGAUCGAUACUCAGAGGGCAGGAUCCUCCUCCUGCUGCGCCUGUUGGCUGAUUAUGUGCCUGGAGUUGGCUUUGUCACACGGCCACUGAUGGAUUACUUGCCUGCUUGGCAGAAAAUCUAUUUCUAUAACUGGGGCUGAUGAGGAGAAGAUGAUUAUUCUCUGCUAAGAUCAUGGGUGGACACUUCUAAGGAGGGCACCCAGGCUGGGGGAAGGGAUGUUGAUAAUGUCUAAUUUUCAGUUAAACUACCAAUGAGAAGCUCCUGUUCUGCAGGGCAUGGGGAGGGGGUGUGUGGAACUUUUUUAACUGAUCUAGCUGUGAAUGAUGGACACUACAUGUGUGAAGAGACCCUGGCCACCUCUCUCUCUCUCUCUGGACUGUUUGGUGGCUGCAGUGAUGGUGGUGGGAUGGCCUCUUUC